CGAGAGUGACAUCGAAAGCAAGAGGAACCGGAGUAGCGUACAGCCGAACCUGAACGUGCAACCGAACGGACCCUCUGAUCAACACUGUUUCAGUUUAAGGCGACCCUGUUGGAAAUUUCUUUGAAGUCGGGAGACGUUUUGUAUUUUUUGUUCCAGGCGAGCAGAGAGAGAUGGAUGAGCUACAGGAUGUCCAGUUGACCGAGAUCAAGCCCCUGCUGACCAACAAGAAUGCUCGCAACUUCCAGGACUUUGACUGCCAGGAGCAUGACAUCGAGACCCCUCACGGCGUGCUGCAUGUGACCAUGAGGGGAACCCCCAAGGGGAACCGGCCCGUCAUCCUCACCUACCACGACAUCGGACUCAACCACAAGUCGUGCUUCAACACGCUGUUCAACUAUGAGGACAUGCAGGAGAUCACGCAUCACUUCGCUGUGGUGCACGUGGAUGCCCCCGGACAGCAGGAGACCGCUCCCCCCUUCCCCACCGGGUACCAGUACCCCACCAUGGAUGAGUUGGCUGAGAUGCUGCCGUCAGUAAUGACCCAGCUGAGGAUUAGCAGUGUGAUUGGGAUCGGUGUUGGAGCGGGAGCGUACAUCCUAAGCCGAUUCGCUCUGAACCACCCCUCUCUGAUCGAAGGCCUGGUGCUCAUUAAUGUGGACUCCUGUGCAGAGGGCUGGAUCGACUGGGCUGCUUCCAAGCUCUCCGGCUGGACCAGCAACCUUGUGGACAUUGUGAUGUCCCACCACUUCAGCACUGAGGAGCUGACCGACAACCUGGAGCUGAUCCAGACCUACCGGCUCCACAUCUCACAGGACAUCAACCAGGACAACCUGGGCCUCUUCUGCGGCUCCUACAGCAGCCGCCGUGACCUGGAGAUCGAGCGGCCAACCGUGGGCCUCAAUGAGGACACUGUGAACACACUGACGUGCCCGGCUCUGCUGGUGGUUGGUGAUACGUCCCCUGCUGUGGAGGCUGUGGUGGAAUGCAACUCGAGGUUAAACCCAACAAAGACCACUCUUCUGAAGAUGGCUGACUGUGGAGGUCUGCCCCAGGUUGUGCAGCCUGGUAAACUGGCCGAAGCUUUCAAAUAUUUUGUCCAGGGAAUGGGCUACAUGGUCCAUAGCCCCAGCUUCCCCUCUCCACUGUUCAGCCACCUCAGCAACGAAUCAGUGCCCUCCGCCGGCAUGACACGUCUGGGCCGUUCGCGUACCACCUCCUCCUCCAGCAUCACCUCCAUGGACAGCAGCCGUAUGCGCAGCCUCAACAGCCCCCUGGAUGGCCCCACCGGCGGGGUCCUGGACAACCAGAGCAGGCCCCAGACCAUGGAGGUCUCCUGCUAGGCUAGGCUAGGCUAGGCUAGGCUAUCAGGCCUCUUGUCCCGCCUCGUGCUGUCCCCCCACUCCCCUGCCUGCCUGCCUCUCAGCGGGCCGUGCGAUGCCCUGGGUCCCCCUCCUCUCCCCUCUUCCUUCCACCAUCCCCACCUUUUCAAGUGGUUGUGUGCUUCUUCCUUACCUGGGCUCCCACACCUCCCCCACCUCCCCCAUGGCAAGGGUCUAUUUAAUGUGAUGAAAAACCUGAUAAUAUAAUCCAUAAAAAUGCGUACAAAUAUGACUAUAUACACACACACACACAGAUAAUAUGGGGACUGGUUGAAGAACAGUAAUAAAAAAAUAUAUAUAUAUAUUAUGUAUAGGAGGAGACAGUAUAUGUAUACGGUAUAUAUGCACAGCCACACAUACAUACAAAACACAUGCACAUAUCACACAAAAACAAACAUGUACACAAACACAUACACAAAGGGUCUUAUGUGCAUCCUCCACCAAAUAACUCCAUGCCUAAUUCUACAUCGCUGUGUGCAUGUUAUCAGUCAGUCAGUUGUCAUUUAUGACUGUUUUAAAAUUUGUUUUUAAACGUUCCUUUUUUAUUUACUGCUGUGUUGUCUGGUCUUGUCCGAGACUUGUUGUUCCUUUUUUUCUUCUCUGUUUGCCCUUUUUGUUAUUAGUGAUGGUCUUCCAUUCACCUCUCACCUCUGUGUUUUAAAAGACGAAAAAAAGUGCUCUAUGAAAUAGUCAAAGGUAAUGCACAGAUAUAGGUGUUUUUACAAGCGCAUUUUACACAUUUAAACACUCUCACGUUUAUUUCUGUGGCAAAAACGGCUAGCGUGCUCUGUGACAAGCUUAAUUUGAUAAAAACAAGUUCCUGUUUCCUGUUGUCCGUUUGCUAGUAACACUCACCACAGUUAUACGUAGAUACUGUAUGAACAUGCUGCAUUUCCUGUUGUUGUACAAUGUUUAGACCACUUGCUCAAAAGAGUUCACUGAGCUAUGAGUGUUCUUUAGCUGCAGUUUUCAGUGUUGAUAGUGAUACUACCAUAGACAGUAGUGAUUCUUUCAACAACUGUGGCCUGCAUGCAGAAGUCUCUUCUGACCUGCAACACGGUCACCACCUAACGUGGACCACAUCACAACAGGCUACUGUAUGAGGAAUGUAACCCUUGUUUUCUUGACUUACAACAGCAAAAAACAUGUCUGAAAAACAAAACGGUAGCAGAGCCACUGAAAAUUCACCCGCUAACAUCUUUUUGCAUUCCACUGUUUCACUCUGUUUCUUAUGUCAUUAUGUUGCCAGUCUUUCACGUUGAUUGUUUUGUCUGUUUCAGAUUUUAUUUAUCAGUGGAAUACAAUUGUGUCUCUUGAGCUGGAUGUAUAUAAGGAAAAAAAGUCACCUAGAUGAGCCUGUAGCAAAUGUGUUUGAUGCCAGUGAUGCUUCUCACUGUCUGCUGAUUGACUCAUUUAUACUAUACUUACUACUGAAUAAAAAGUUAGGCCA